AUGUCAGGAAAAGGACCAGCGCAAAAAUCUCAAGCUGCAAAGAAAACUGCAGGAAAAACUUUGGGACCAAGGCAUAAGAGAAAAAGAAGAACAGAGUCAUUUUCACUUUACAUUUUUAAAGUUUUAAAACAAGUGCAUCCAGAAACUGGUGUGACAAAAAAAAGCAUGAAUAUUAUGAAUUCUUUCAUUAAUGAUAUAUUUGACAGGUUAGUUACCGAAGCAACUAGACUAAUUCGUUAUAACAAGAAGAGAACAUUGUCAUCACGUGAAAUUCAAACUGCCGUUAGGUUACUUUUACCUGGAGAAUUGUCAAAACACGCCGUCUCUGAAGGAACCAAAGCCGUAACAAAGUACACCACCAGUGGUGCAUAG